UUGUAGUACCCACUUUCAUAAAUACAAAAUGUUUGCCCAAACCGAUUCAUUGUUUUUAUUCAUGCCGUGGAGGCGUGGAGGGUACCGCAUCGCAACUCAGUAGGAAAUUUAGGGUCCAAAGUUCCAACAGCACUCCUGUUAUUAAUUUAAUAAUUAACUGUUGUAAUGUGAUUUCCUUGAGAAAACGAGUAUAUUCGCGAGUGUUUUUAGUCCCAGCAGUGCUUUUGUUUUAUAUAUUUUUUGUUUUAAAACUGAAGAAAGAUGGCCAGUACGAGUAAAAAUAUUAACGAGAACAUUUUGAUCUACUCUAGGAAUCAGGAUGUCAAAGUGCAAAUUGUGCCUCCCCAGCAGAAAAAGUUGGCUCAUGUUCCCAAGAGGGAAAAGGUGGAUUUGUCAUUUUCUGAUUUGUCUUUCACAGUGAAGCAAGGAACACAGGAGAAAACAAUCUUAAAAAAUGUUAGUGGGAAGCUUAGAUCUGGAGAACUUACCGCUAUUAUGGGGCCCUCUGGAGCUGGAAAGUCUACUCUACUCAAUAUCUUGACCGGAUACAAGACCGAUGGCAUCAAAGGGACAAUUAUGAUGAACGACCAAGUUAGAGAUUUAAGCAAAUUUAGAAAGCUCUCAGCAUACAUUAUGCAAGAUAACCAGUUGCAUGCCAAUUUAACUGUAGACGAAGCUAUGAACGUAGCUACCAAGCUGAAAAUCGGUGACAAACCAAAGCAUGAAAAGGAAUCAAUUAUUUCUGAAAUCCUCGACACUUUGGGUUUACUGGACCACAGAAGAACUAUGACUAGUGGUCUUUCUGGUGGCCAGAAAAAAAGAUUGUCCAUUGCUUUGGAAUUGGUUAGCAAUCCUCCUAUAAUGUUUUUUGAUGAACCGACUAGUGGCUUGGACUCGUCUUCAUGUUUCCAAUGUAUACGGUUACUUAAAAAUUUGGCAAGUGAAGGCAGAACUAUAAUAUGCACGAUUCAUCAGCCUUCAGCGAGAUUGUUUGAAAUGUUCGACCAACUUUACACACUGUCUGAUGGCCAGUGCGUUUAUCAAGGUUCCACUAAUCGGCUUGUCGAAUUUCUUGCCCAGUUAGGUUUACAGUGCCCCUCUUACCAUAAUCCUGCAUCAUACAUUAUUGAGGUUGCUUGUGGCGAGUAUGGAGAUCAUACAAGAACCUUAGUAAAUGCUAUCAAGAACGGCAAAGAAGAUAUCAGAGAUGGAGAGCCGUUACCGAUUUUGGAAAUAGCCGAUGGAUUAAAUAAUGCUGGAAAGUUCUCUCACGAUGUUAAGAAUACAGUUGGUUCUUUUUCGAUAGGUUGGAAAGCAGUUCCUGAACCUGUAUAUCAAAGCACAACAACAAAUAAGCUCCCUGACAAUAUUGUCAAUGACAUUGCCAAAGGAGACAACGCAAAAGAUGACCUGGAAAAAGCAGCAAGCGUUGACUCAGCCUUACUAGGAGAAAAGGUCACCACGCCAAUGACAAGAUACGGAAAUAGCGAACUUCAACAAUUUUUUAUAAUUCUGAAUAGAGCUCUCUUAUUUAGUCGAAGAGAUUGGACCCUUAUGUAUUUACGUCUUUUUGCUCACAUCUUAGUAGGAUUCCUAAUCGGCGCCCUCUACUGGCAAAUUGGAAAUGAUGGUAACAAAGUUUUAUCGAACCUGGGCUUUUUGUUUUUCAAUAUGCUGUUUUUGAUGUACACAUCAAUGACAAUCACGAUCUUAUCAUUUCCAUUGGAAAUGCCGGUGCUAUUAAAGGAGCAUUUCAAUCGAUGGUACUCGCUUAGAUCCUACUAUUUGGCAAUAACGGUAUCUGAUAUGCCUUUUCAGACUGUGUUUUGUGUUGUAUAUGUAACAAUCGUUUACUUUAUGACUGCGCAGCCAUUAGAGUUCUUCAGAUUUGGAAUGUUUUUAAGCGCAUGUCUGUUAGUAUCGUUUGUGGCCCAAAGUGUAGGGUUAGUUGUCGGAGCUGCAAUGAAUGUUCAGAAUGGUGUCUUUCUUGCUCCAGUGAUGUCGGUACCGUUUCUGCUCUUCUCUGGCUUCUUUGUAUCAUUUGAUGCCAUACCGAUUUACCUGCGCUGGAUCACAUACCUUUCUUACAUAAGAUACGGUUUCGAGGGAACAGCUCUGGCUACCUAUGGCUUUAAUAGAGCGAAGCUGCAGUGUUUCAUUAGCUAUUGUCACUUUAAAUCACCAACUAUCACGUUAGAGGAGCUGGACAUGGUCAACUCUGAAUACUGGAUAGACGUAAUGGCGUUGGUUAUUAUUUUCUUUGUACUUAGGAUCGCCGCUUAUCUCUUUUUAAAAUGGAAGUUGAAAACAAACCGUUAAAAGUUACCAUUUGUCGAUUACCAAUUAUUUAAGAGUUUAUAUUUAACAUAAAUUACUCAAGUUACAUUAAGUUUGUAAGGUGAAUUGAAAUACGAAAAUAACGUAAAGCAUUUAGUGCAAAAUAUCACAAAAGGCUAAUUAAUUUGACAUUAUUUUUUAUACAAUGAUAUUAUAAAGUUGGAAUAAGGAAAUAUAUAUAAUAUACAUUUUGAUCUUUCUCUUUUGCAUGACAUUAGAAGUGAAAUAUGCCGUAUAAGUGUCUUGUAAUUAUAGUUUUUAUGUUCAAGAUUAUAUCUCAGUACAAUAAUAAAUCAGUAGGUUAACUCGACUCUCAAAAAUACACUUGACGUACUUUUUGCCUUUUGAUUGCAUCAUUAAUUUUAUUUUGUUAGAAUAAUACAUUCGGUUUGAAACGGUUACUAACGCAACUUAUUUUUUCCAAAUCUCAAAAUUGUUUUUUCAAUAAUUAUGAUCAUAUCCAUCAAUUAAAAAAUAAUACAAUUCCAUAACUUAAUAAAAUACUUCCCUUUGCCGCAACACUGACAGGAGUAACUGCAACUAAGGUUAACUAUUUUAGCCUGAAAUCUUUGGCUAAUCUUCGACACUGAUAUCUCCCAAGAUAACCUACUGGUUUAUUCUACUGCGGUAAUAUUUUAUUUCUUCAGUGUAAACUUCUAAGCAUGUUUGUUAUUGGUUUAAGCACAAGAUUCCGAGAUAGUAGUAGUGCAAAACGUGAUUUCAAACUUUAAAAUGGAUUUCUAUGCUAAUUCCUAAUAUAGUUAAAUACAUUAACCCUUUGAGGUCGGAAUGAAAUGAUAUAUCUCACUAAGGCACAACAUUUUAUUACAAAAUAUUGAUGUACAGGGUAUUUCAUAACAGAUUUAAGAUUUUAAAGGAAUAAAAUGAACAUUAUUGUAGAUCAAGUUUAAUAUACUUGCUAGAUAAGUUAAAGAUACGGAUUUAUUGUUUAAACAAAACAUCGUUUGAAUGCUGGCAUCUUUUGCGUAGCAGGAUGUUAGGAAAACUCACGGAAAGCAUUGGAAUACGUAUGUCACGUAUUCUAUACGGUAAGUCACGUAAAGCAUUGGAAUAGGGUCUUUCACUUGCUGGAUGUUGUCUGGUACCGGACGACAGUAGAUUCAGAGAUCCUCAUAGAAACAAAUCCAAGAGAGUCAGGUCUGGAGAUCGUAGAGGAAAUGGAAAAUUUUCAUUAACCCGUUUUUUCCCAAGUUUAAAUAAAUUAAAAUUACCUGUUAUACCCGAGUUUUGCAAAACUUUUGAAACUAAUAUUUAAAAAAAAAAAUGAAAUUAACUAAUUAUAUUUUUCUGUGAAAAUUUAUUUUUUUGUUUCUAAAUAUUUUUUUUUAUUUUUUAAAUUGAUGUUCCAUUUUUGGAACACUGGGAACACAUAAAACACACAUAAAACCAACUUUAAUUUUUAUGAACAAAAGUACAUUUUAAUUUAAAAAAUCAUAAAAUAAUUAUUAAGUGGACACAUGAUAGUCUUUAAAACAAGCCUCAUGUAAAUUGAGGUUACAUUUCUCACACAUCUUAGUCGAGUUUUUGUGACAUAAGGCGCACCUAUUCUGUUUUGUGGCUGGAAUAAUCCAAUGAUUCAAACCAUCGUACCUAAUUUGAUUAUGGUUCCGAGCCUCUAACGGCUUUGAUGUUUUAGGGCGUCCUCCAGUUGAAAUAGGCCUUCCAUAUUUUCUUAAAUAUACCCGCAUCACUUUUCUUCGAAACUUUAAAAAAUCCACUUUUUCGCCAUUUGGUUGAAGUCUGUAAUACUGCCAGGCGAAUGAGUCCAAGCAAAAUGCGAAAAGACUCCACCACCAUUUCUUGGAACGAACCCCAAUUCUAUAGUUGUGUAUAUUUUGAUCCAUUCGGUCCACUCCACCCAUAUAUUUAUUGUAUUGCCCGACUACAAAAGGCUGAGGAACCAGGCAUUUUUUUUCUCACUGGAAAUCCACCGACUAACUUGACCAACAGAAUUCACCGGAUCGCAACUACUUACAAUUAGAACAGGGCGGUUAUCAUUCCAUAAGGUAACUGUUAUUUGCGAAUUAGCGUCUGUAGAAUAAUCAAAGCUGCCUCUUGUACCCUUUUUUUCUUGCAUUUUAUUGCACAAAGGAUAAUUCUCUAAUCUAUUCCCGUUGAUUGUACCUGUAUAUCCUACUCCGAUCUUCUGGAGCGAAUUGACUAAUUGUAGGGAGGAAAAAUAUCUGUCGCCAUAAAUUUUAAAUAGGACAUUUUUUGGGAGAUUCUCCAAAAGGGUCAUCACUACAGAUCCUCCCAAUCCUAGGUCCAUGCAGCGCAUAUUUGCUUGAUAGGGAUUAAAUUGUAUUAGGUACCCAGAUUUUUCACACAAGGACCAUAUUUUAUAGCCGUACCUAAUAGGUUUACCUUUUAUGUACUACUUCGCUCCAUGCCUUCCGAAAUAUGGUACCAUACUUUCAUCAAUAGACAGUUUUUCGUUAAGCGGAGCAUAAGACAAAAAUCGGUCAUUCAACAUGUUGAAAAGUGGUUGCAACUUCGCAAAUUUAUUGUCUUGUUCUAAAUCAUUAUUAUCAGCACAAUGCGCAAAUUUUUUUAACAAUUCAAACCGAUUUCUUCGCAUUGCGUUUGCUACUAAUGGAUUGUAUGUAUCAGUAUACACCUCCCAAAUCAUUUUUGUUCUCCUGCAUCAGUACUAAAAUUAUGAUUGCCUUUUUGUCUGGCAUACAAAUUAAACAUUUCUACUAAAUAAUUACAUAUUUCCAUAUCAAAAAAUGAUUCAAAGCACGCAACAGCAUCUGGAAAUAUGGCGACGUUUGCGCCAGGCUCUUUCGGAGAAACAAAUUGUGGGAAGGAGUUAUUCAAUUCCACUUUUUUCCAGCUUCUUUCUAAAUUUGUUCUGUUUAUAUUAACUUGGGUUACCAAGCGAGCUAAAGGUAUAUUAUCGCUAUCGUCGCUUGUAUUACCAUCAGAUAAUUCAGGAGAGUUAUCGUUUACGAUAGAAUGGCCUGAGGUUCCUGGUUGCGAAUCGAUUGCGAAGAUUUCCUCAAUAUUUCUAUCCUGAUCAUUAUCUCCAAUAUAAACUACUCCAUCAAUGUUCUUUAUUUUAGCACAAUCUUCUGACUGCAUUUGACGACCACUAAGGUGAUUUACAUUAGCUGAAGGAACUUCAUCAUCAUCACAAUCCUCUUCAGAAUCCUUUCCAUCGUUUGGAGGUAUGAUAAAAACAUAUGCAGCCCAAUACUGCUCAUCUCCAACUAAAUCAGUUAGUUCUUGGGUCGUGUAAUACCUACAAUAAAAAAAAAUUAUGUCCCCGUUUGUUUCCAGUGUUCCAAUAUAGGAACAACCUAAAAUGAUCAAAUCAUUUAGUAACUUUCAAUAAUAUUCGUAUUGGGUUUUUAUCUUGAAUUACAUCACUUACAAUAAAUUCUUUGCAGUAGAACAAUUAAAUUAUCAAAACUAUAAAAAUUAUACUUACUUUUUAACGCCAUAUUGUGAACUUAAAAAAAAAUCAGUACACACUAAAUGCGGAAAUUUUGCAAAAACGCACAUCAAACCUUCUCUUAUGCAGAACGACACUAACACGACCGCGCGACGGAAAGAUAGUUAAGAGCACGCUUCUCAGAAAAGAGAGGGGAACAACGUGGUCGUUCCGAUUUUGGAACACCGGGACAAUAAUGACAUUUCCAAUAUCAGAACUCUGGGAAAAAACGGGUUAAUAGAAACAACCGUUCCAGGAAAAAGUUCAGUAACUGCGUUGAUCUAUAUUACUGCAGUAUAUGUCGUAGCACGAUCUUGCUGAUAUCAUGCAUUAUUGUCAUCAUAGCCAGGGAACUAUAGUAAGGAUUGGCGUAAAAAAAUAUGAAUCCUGGAGGUGUAACGGGUGUUGUUCAUAAUAACUAAGUACGGCCCGGACGCCACUUCAAAACCCGAAUUUGUUAGAAAUUUAAAAGAAUUUUUUACAAUUUUGGAUGUGUGGUUCGGUGUGGUUGUCAUGUUGAAAUGUCUAAAUUAGCGGUAAAUUAUCUUCAGCAUAAGGGUGCAUAUUAUUUCUUUAGAUGUUUAAAUAAUAUUGCCCAGUCAUGAUGCCUUCUACCUUCACUAAUGGGCCAACACCUUUGCCAGAAAAACAUCUUCAUACCAUGACAUUACCACUUCCAUGUCUUAUGGUGGGCUGCAGGGUUAUAGGAUAUCUUUGAUUUAUAUAUCUCCGAUCCGAUUAAAUUAAAUUUACUUUUAUCUGAUCAUAAGAUGUUUUUCAAUUCAUUAUAAUUCCAGCCUAAAAGUACUUUUGCGAAACUCAUACGCCCUUGUCUAUUUUUCAUUGAAAUAAAAGGUUUUUUCACCGGUCUUCUGGCUCUUAAGUUUUCAUCGCAUAAACAUCUUCGAAUAGAUCGAAGAAAGAAACUGAGAGAGAUCGGGUUGGAUAAGCUUUUUUUAUAUCUUCAGGAUAGGUAAAUGGAUUUUUUAUAGAACAUCUUCUAAUCAGCUUGUCAGUUCCAGAUGUAUUUUUUGUAUAUCUACCUGGCUUCCGAAUAAUAGAAGUAAGUGCCGCUAUUUAACAGAAUUUAAUUUGUUUACAAACAACACUUUUAUGUAGAUUUAGUUCUUUAGCAAUUGUCACUUGUUUAAGUCCGGCGUUGUGCUUCCCAAUAAGUAUAAGUUGUUUUAUUUGAACUGAUAAAUUUACACCUCGAGGCAUUUUGGUAAACAAUUGAGCUUCUCAAAAAUUAAGAACGAACUGAUUUGAAGAAAAACUAUACAGAACCCCUAACCACACUAUCCGAUGGGGUACGGAUGUAAAAGAUUGAAAUAGAACCCCUCGCUCAGUAUAUAUACAGGAUGUCAUCGAAAUGGUUUAAAAAAAUUGGGGAGGUGAUAGUACUUCUAAAAAUAGUAAAAAAAGUUCCUAUCAGUAUAGGGCGGAAAUUGCAUAUUAAGGGAGUUAGGGGCUCUAAAAAAAAAUUAAAAAACCUUUUUUUUUUAAUUAAAAAGGGGGCUUACAAACGAGAUGAUAAGAUUUAAAAAAAAAAUCCUCUUAAAUUUUAACCCUAAGUCAAAUGGUGAGAAAUUACUGAAAAAUUAUUUGGAAAAUCGGAAAGAGUAUUUUUUGCAAGGGUAGGAGGUUGUUUCGUGAAUAACUUUUUUGAGAUAAUUUUUUUUGCAACGUAGGUUCAUUUUUUGAGAAGUACAUACUUUUUCCUACAAAAAAGGUACUCUUGUUGCAUAUUGCCCAGAGCGAUGGUUUUCAAGAAAGUUGAACGCAAAUUGUUUGCGCUGAUGGGUUGCUAAUAACUGGUUAAUCAACAUAAACUUAUGAAAGUUAUGGCAUUUCAAAAGUAAUCAAGUGCUUAUUAAAUAAUUAAAUUGAAAAAUUAAAACUUGAUUUUUAAAAUAUCCUUAAAAAUAUCCUUAUAUAAUUACCAAAAUUCCCUAAUUUAUUAAUAGUAGAGGAAAGUCUCCUAAUAUAGGGUACUUUUUUUAAAAACACUGUUAUAAAAAAACGAGUUAAUUUUAAACACUACUUCCAUAUUUUACGAUUCAUUUUACACUGUUUAAAGAUUUGAUAAAAGGAAAGAUGUUAAAAAUUAAAUGCAGAAGAAAACAUGCAACAUUAAAAAAAGUUGCACCACCCCAUAUUAGGAGCCAUGGUAUCCUAAUAUGCAUAAUACACCAAGUUCGUAAUAUGGGGUACCCAAUUUAAUAUGUAGAAACUAAAAAUAACUAAAAUAUGUUUCUUUGUUUUUGUAUAAAAGUAUUAUUUCUUAAAAAAAAACUAAAAAAAUAAUACGUAUUAUUUAUUAAAGUAAAUACCUAAAAGUUACAUGCAACCAAAAAGACAAAACAAAUCUAUUUUGUAACGCAAAAGUCACAAAUAUAGUGGCUUCUUUCACAACCAGCACACUCAACGUGAGCCCACUUGAAGCAGCCUUGACACUUCCUCACCUCUGACAUCUUCAGAAAAUGGACUUUCGCAAAACAUACAAAUAGCAUCUUGCUCAAAGUUUUGUACUGUUCAAAGUUUUCUAUUUUCUUCCUGAACUGUUUCUGCUUCUACUAGUUCUUCACCAGACAUAUCUUGCACUUCUGCCACAAAGUCAUGUUCUUUAAAUAUGUUUCUGUCAGGAGGGAACAUUCUAGUUUUUCUUAAGCCGUUGAUGGCCGUGUCCAUGGUGGCCGCUUUUAUGUAGGCUUUCCCAAAAAGUUCUCCUAUCUGAUAGCCUGUUACUACACGUCCGGGAUUUAACCUUAGCCAGUUUGUAAUUUCCUGUGUGUAGUACGUUUUAAAUGGAGACAUAAAAGCAACGUCCAAUAGUUACUUCCGAUGAGUUGAAUAUGGCAUAUUAUGUGAACAUAAUUUUCUCGCGCCACAGUUAUGACCUUCAAAUUUUUUGUAUGGGAAUAAUGGCCGUCAAGUAUUAAAACCACUGGAUCAUCAGAGCUAGGCUUUGUCAGAUUAAUAAAAUGGCGAAGCCAUUCCACAAAUAUUUCUUGUUGGAUCCAGCCAGAUAUAUGGCACGCAUAUUUUGAUCAUGUAGGAGUGCCAUUCAUAAGCUCCAUUUUCAUGUUUUUUCGUGGGAAAAUUAUAAAGGGCGGUAUGUAUACUCCUGUUGCACUAAAACACAUAACUGUGGUUAACAAAGACCCACGUUCAGCGGAGGUAAUAGCACCGAUUUGUUUUUUUUUCCUUUUUUUCCCACGACUUUAACGUGCUUGUGUUGCACUAUGGUGAGGCCAGUUUCAUCGCAGUUAUCGCUACGCAAAAUGGAUUUUUUAUAUUAUUAGCUUUGCAUAAGCUGUAUGCCAAUCUGCACUCAUCUUUUUGUGUAAUACCAAAAAAAUUUCUUUCCAUUUCUAAGCAGUGCUUUGCGAGCAGCGAUUCCAUUUCUUGUAAAAAGACAAUUUUGCGUCCCAGAGAAGAAUUCACAAUAUCUUCAGGAUUGCCUUCCAUUUUUACGUACCUUUCCAAGGUUGUUUGGGGCACAUCGUGGGUUCUCGCACUCUUUUUGUAACCCAUCUGACCUGGUCUGACAGCUAAAAUUGCUGAAAUCAUCUGCUGCUUGUCCCAAACUUUCCUUUUUUUAGGCAUCCAAAAUAAAAUAUUUGGUAUUAAUCAAAAAGUAAAUAAUUAUCUCCUAAUAUGGGGUACCCCAUAUUAGGAGCAAAUUAGAUUUUCGGAAGGGGCGACUUUUUGCAAAAAUUAAGAUGUUUUUUUAAAAAUCAUAUUCAUUUUCAUAACCCACGCAAAAUGUAAUAAACAAUAGUAUUAUUAAAAGUUUUAAAACUUGCCUUUAAGUCGCUUAAAAUAUCCAAAUCUACAACCGGCAAAAAAACUUUAUUUUUCAAACAAACUUAUUUUAACCUUAAACGUCAAAACAAACUACGUCUUUGCUUCAAGAAGGGAAUAAGCGCUUCUGGCGCAUCUUCGUGGUUGGUGCGUAAUGCAGAUAAUAGAUGUCGCAACUAGAUCUAGCUCAAAAUUGAACUACCCCAUAUUAGGGACCAUCCCCAUAUUAGGCGACUUUCCUCUAAAUGUUCAAAGUGACCACCGUUCAUUUCAAUGCAAAUAUCUGUUUUUUUUUCUCCACGAUCUGCGUAUCCUGUGGAAUAUCCCUGGUGUUGUACGAACGUUAACUGAAAAUGAAAUUGGGCAUUGACUUUCCACAACAGCAUGACGGGUUUUAAUCGGACCAGUAAAGUGUAUUAUGAUAAUUAAAUAUUCAAUUUUUUGUAAACCCAUCUUUAUCCAUGCAUAAAACAUUUGGCGAAAAGGGGUUCUUGUAUCAGUUUUCUUAAUAACCAAUGACAGAAGAUGACUCGAGCGGGAUUGUCUUCCGGAGCAAGAGCUUUGACUAUUUGGAUGUUAUAUGAUACAGGAGUUGAGUACAAAGAGUCAUCCACACAGAAUGGAAACUUGGUUUCUGGGUUCAAAUGGACCUGUGCCCUGGUAUUUGGAUAUUUUUGGACAUACGGGAGUUUAACGAAAAGACCGUUUCCAUUGCAUUUUGCAGCUUAUAUGCAAAAUAAAUAAAGUGAUCAGACCGCAUACCUUCAAUGAGUCAAAUAAGUAUGCAUUUAAUAAGAAAUUUUGGUAUGGAAAAAGUAUGCAGUUCUGAAAAAAUGAACCUACGUUGCAAAAAAAAUAACCUUAAAAAAGUUAUUCACGAAGCAACCCCCUACAAGUCUUCAGUCUUGCAAAAACUGACCUUGCCGAUUAAAAUUCAAAUUCAUCCUUUCAGUGUCUCAAAUUCCCUUAAUAUGCAUUUUCCGCCCUAUACUUAUAGGAACUUUUUUUCACUAUUUAUAGGAGUACUAUCACCCUCCGAUUUUUCUACAUUAUUUCAAUGACACCCUGUAUACUAUAAAUGAAGACACAGAAAGUGGUUUGAAUAGAGAAUUAGUUAUAGUAGCUUAGACGAUAACGAUCACCUGAGGGAACUCAGGAGACACGAAAGAAAAAGAAGAACUGUUUACUAAGGCUGCCGACGCGACGGUACAUCGUCUAAACGUUUGAUAAUGAAAUGUACACGAAAAUGCCGAUGCGACACGUUAAUAAGUUGUCACAAUCAAGAAAGUACGGCUAUAUUAGCAGUAUAAUUUGCAUACAGAAAGCUGCUUGCUAACAUAAACUUCCAUAGAGGUGCAUAUAUCUUUAUACCAUACUUUCUAGGUUUGUUCGGCAUGUAAACCAACCCGAAAGGCUCAUCUGCCAUCCCAGUAGCAUCUCGUCCUCAGUAGUAUAAUGAGACAUCGAGUUAUGUUUUGGUAGAUAAGCCGUAAGUAUUUUCCAAAAGUCUUGUAUUGCUGCUAAUUUAUCAUUUUUCUGUCGAGUAUUCGUUGUAUUCUUAUCGUCAAAUCUUAAAUUUCUUAACAAAAACCUAAACCUUUCUAUAUAUCUCCGUAGACAUUCCGUUGGUCCUGAAGAGAUCAGAUGCAUUUGAUUGCUACUUUUAUUUGCUGACGAUAUAUAUAUAAUAAUCCCAAAAAAUUCAAUUUCUUUAUUUAUUAGAUCUGUCUGACGAGCAGAUUUAUAUAUUUUUUACUCUAGAUAUAUUACAAUGAAUCGAGUACAAAAUAAAUCCCAAGUUUCAGUCCGAUUUGUUUUAGCACGCGCCUGUCCCUUGACACCGGGCAAUUGUCUUACCAAACUGGCUUUGUAGGAUUGACAUGUUUCUUCCACUGGUGAAUUUAUCUUUUCCAAUAAAACAUGGCUCUGUAUGAACUGGCCGAUCUUUAUUUACAUAUGAAGCAGAACCAUCUGUUUGUCACGUCAAAUUCUCGGAGUUAGUAUUAUAACCUUGAAUUUCCAAUUCGUCACUAGUAAGACUUUCGUUAUCAUCAUUUAAUUCUCAUCCCAAAAUCCUGGAAGCUUUCCUUGCUUGCUUUCGUAGUCUCGCUUGGCUGUAAGAGACUUUAAUGUUAAAUAGCAAUAUAAAGACUUAAUUAUCGUAAAUAAAUCAAACUUAAUAAACAUAAAUAACUUAAAAAAUAUAAUACAAGUUUACUAACCUCGGUCUCACGGCCAAUUUUUGCUAUCAGAGAAUAUAUAUUCACCCUACACUAGCCUGCACUGAUCACACACUAAGUAGGAGACGUUUAGACAGGAAGGUAUUGAGCCGAACAGGUCAAAGAUCGCGAUUGAUCAGAAGUUCCCGGCAUUUUAGAGGGUUAACCACAAUAUUUAAAUAUUUUUAUUAAAUCCGCAUAUUGGCGCUAUUUAUGUAAACCACCACCGUCCUCUUAGUUAUCGCGGGGGCGACGUCAGAAUAAUUUAAAAUCUUAAAUCCAAUAUGGGACACCCUGUAUUUCUCUGUUUUUUUUGCCGAAAAGGAUAAGCCAUGUAAAAGGAAAGCUGGAAUACACAUUUUAAUAUUAAAAAUUAGAACAACUUUAGUUUUACAUUAACUUCUUCCCGAAACAAUAAGCAAAUAUAAAUUAAACUUAGUGGUUACUAAAAGGAAUCAUUAAAAAGAGUAAGAUUUGAUAAAUAAAAAAUUAAGAUAUUUAUACACACGUUAGCCAGCCAUAAUGAAAUGUGAUGGUUUUGGUUUCUAACUAGAAGGCCUCGAAGGGUUAACAUGUUUUUUAACUUUUAUAUAAGUGAUUUACGUAUGGUUUUAAUUAUGAUUUUAAUUUUAUAUAUGGUGUUAUUUUUUUAAAUAGGUUAUGAGUUUCAAGCAAUCAAGCAUUUUUAGCUUAGUGUUUUUUUACUAUAUAUACAGUAGCGGACCAAAGUUUAGAAAUAUUGUGUAAUAUUUGAACUAAUUAAUUCAUUCUACUUUCUCUACUACCAGAUGGUCAAUAUUCAGAAUUAUAUAACAUACAAAAUACAGGAUAUUCCUAUUUUAAACGUUUUAAUUGCUAACUUUUUUUUAAUAUGAUCUCUUUGAUAAUCAAUUGCAUGUAAAUCCGGUGAUUGCGAUGGCCACUUAACCCAAAUAAGGCUGACAAAAAAAAUAAUUGAAAAGUUUAUUUUUACCACUAAAUAUUUAAUGCUAGUGUACCUAGAAGCCCUUAAAAAAAUAUUUGAAAAAAUUAGUAAGUGGUACAUUUAUGGUAAGUCACUGUCCUUUUAAAAGGACUUUAGCUUUAUUGCUAUACGAUUGAAAAAAAAAUUAUAAUCAAUAUCGUACCAAGAAAAUUUUUUUAUUGCCAUGUUUAGUGCUAAAUCAAAACAAAAACGAUAAUAUAAGUUAAUGCUGAGUGUGGUAAAGAUAAAAACAUUCUUUUGGAUGGAGCCCAAUUUUGCAUUUGCUACAUGUAAAAUUAACUUUUUUUGUGCAAUAUUUGCAUCUGAUUUGUGUUUCACUAUAUAAAAUAAGAUGGUCCAUGCGGUCAUAACGCAAUGAUUGAUGCAAAUAUUUACUUGUCUUUCCAGUUUGAUAAGCUGAUGGUUUCUUGUGUGUCUCCAAUAUGCUUUGGGCUAUUGCUCUUCUAAAUGCUAAUUGGUCCAUUUUAUCCCCACUAUUUCUGUUCAAUUGCCAAGAAUUCUGAACUACCAUGUCCAAGAAGUGACAAAAAAUUGGAAAAUACCACUUUUUGCCUCUUAUGGAUACUCGGUAAAGGCUGAUGUUUUGGUCCGCUCUAUCGACCCCGCCCAUAUUUUCAUUAUAUUUUUUUACAAUAUAAGGUUGAUCUACCAUUAUCCGUUUCUUUUCCUUUUGAGAAUAUCUUUUGACUUGUAAAAUUGGAUUCACAGUGGUACUGUUAGAUGCCAAAGUAACUAGGCUAUUGUCAUUCCAUCUGCACACAACUAUAUGGUUAUCAGGAUCAUACAUAUAUUCGUAAGAGCCUCUAUUUUUCGUCUUGUGGUCUUUUGAUGGUCCCAGCUUACUCUCAGGAAUACGGUUUUCUCUUAUCGUCCCAGUGCCAUAUAAUUGCCUUUAGCCAAAGGCAAUUAAGUUGAAUGGAGUUGUUGAGUUAAUGGAGAAGCGAAAGAGAUGUAAAAAAGUUGUCAAAGUAGAUAUGGAAUGCCAAGUUGGGAUAAAUCUUUUGAAGUUCAUCAGCAAACUGCAAUACGACGCUAGAUCCAAGACCUAAUAAUUUAUAUUUUUCUGGAAUCAUACACGAGGAUCCCUGGUAAGGGUCAAACCAUUCAAUAUAUCCAAGUCGGGUAGUAGCUGUCCAAAAUUUGUACCCCCAGCGUAUAGGUUUCCCUCUAAUAAAUUGCUUUGUUCCAUGUCGUCCGUAGUAUGGAACCAUCGAUUUAUCUAAGCUGUGGACUUCUGCAGUAGGCGCAAACUCCAUAAAUUUCUCAUUUAGGGUUUUUAUGAAGGGUCUAACUUUUGCAAACUUGUCAUUGGCAUUCAAAUCAUUGUUAUCGCAAAGGUGGAUAUUUUGCAUUACGUACCUAAAUCUAUCACGUGAUAUGGCAUUCCUCACAAGUUCAUUUUUUGUGUCACUUGAGUUUUCCCAAUACAUGUGCUUUCUAGGAAGUUCAGAAUAUCCGCUCAAAAUCAGCACGCCCAAAAAACACCAUAUUUCAGACUCCGAUAUAUCUGCCGGCCGAUUAUUUUGUGCGGCAUAUAUGUUUGAAAAUUGGCAUACUUUGGAUAUAAGAGAAUCGUCAAAAAACAAUUUUAAAAUCUCAAUAGGACUUUGAUGAUUUUCAACUUUAUGGGGCGCAUUCCAGGCAAAUGUUGAUUCUGGAAUAUCACGGUCAGCAAUCCAAUUAAAUUUUUGUAAUUUCUUUAGCGGCACAAAGUGAGAAAGUGGCAAAUUGUCUUCUUCAUCGAAAGAAUCUUCAUUUUCAUCUUCAUUUAGACUUUCAGCCGGUGGUGCUUCAUCAAAACUAAUCUCUGCAGAAACUCUGAGUUGGCUACCAGGAAGAUUAUCGAUGACUAUGUUGUCUUCGUCUCCGGAAUCCUCAUCAGUAACUUCGCCGUUAGCAUUUUCCGGUGGAAAGAUUGUUAUAGUAGCCCCCUGAGAUAGGAUAUCAUCCAUAUCUUCCAAUUCUGUUAUCAGCUCGUGCAAUUUUAAUGGUCGCCUAUCACUAAAAAGAUACAAAUAAAUAAAUUUGUAAAUAUAAACAAUAACAUAAAAAUUGGGCAUUACAUUAGGCUAAAGUCCUUUAAAAAGAACAACCCAAAAUUCAAAAUAUUUUUUUCCAAAAAUGAUAAUUUUUCACUUCGAAUUAAAAAAUCAUAACAAAAGAUUAUAAAUAUUAAGAUUUUAAAUACUAUAUUACACAAAAUUUAUUAACACUAGAUGUACUUACUUCCAAUUCGCCAUGUUUGCAUUUAAAAUUAUUUUAAACAACAAUAACAGCUAAACUAUGCUUGCAAAACAAAAAACAGACAGGUUACCUCAAAAUUCUGACACGCUUGUCCUUCUUAAUAACGACUUCAGUGCUGCCAUCUACAGAUGAGUUGUAAAAGCUAAGCUAAAUCGAUAAAUUACAGUUACCUUGAAAAUGACUUUUUAAAGGACAUUAGCUUUAUUUGGGUUAAGAAUAUUAAUAUUUCUUAUUACAAACAGUGUUUCAACAGUUCAGAAAAAUGCUUUCACCUCUGCCCUACAGAAAAAAAUCAUCUUGGGUAUAUUAUUAUAAUAAUUGUUCUAGCAAUUUGAAAAACUUUACCUUAACCUUAUUUUUUAAUUCACAAGCUGUAACAUUGACUUAAAUAUCAGGUCAAAUAAAGGCCUGUUUUCAAACUAUUGACGUUGCAAAAAAGAUAUAAGAGUCACGCAAAUUAUGUUAAUAUACGUUUACACGAAGACUAAACAGAAUUAACUUAAAGAAAUUUUUUUCAACCUUAUGUCUGCUACUGUAUACAUAAAUAAAAUAAAGAUUGAAUAUAAAUAUUUUUAUAAAUCAUUUCGUUAGUAGGAGGAUUAAGGAUAUUUAUAAUUAUUUCGAGCCUAGUUAAGUUUUAAUCGUUUAUUUAAGUAGGUAUAGUUUGUUUAGGGGCUGUGAAGUUAGUUACAAAAAUAUACUUGCCAUUAAAAAGA